AUGUCUGUGGUAGCCGUGAAGGAGGACAGAAGAGGACAGGCGGGCCGUAGGCAUGGAGGAAGACAGCAGGGCGGUAAAUGUGGUAGCGGCUCUGCAGGCACCACUAAAGUCAACACUCAAAGACACGAGAAUAAAGAUAAUGAAACUAGUAGGAAUGGGGAUGACGAGACCAACGAGAAUCAGAUCAGAAGAAGCAAGCGACGUGGCCAUGGCCAGCCAGCGCCAUGGCUAGGCGAUGAGAACGAGUAA